AUGAAAAAUAUUAAAUUUUCUUAAGAUUACACUACUGAUAGUUUGGGAAUAUCUAGAACAACAUUAUCAAAGACUCAAAUAUCUUUAAAUAAAGCUAUGACUUUAAGAGAAUUACGUCAACCAUAAACAGACAGAACAGAAAGUAAUCAUCAAACUCCUCUUGCUCAAUUACCUGAAUUGAAAAUGAAACAAACAAAAUCUUAAAGAAAGAUAGGAUAAAGACUUACUAAAAAAUGUACUAGAUAAAGUGAUUUCUUUAAUGUUUACAAGGCUCCUGAAGCAUUAUAGACUAAUACUGAUACAUUAAAAAAAUAAUCUCGCAUUUAUAAAAUGACCUAAUAUAUAAUCUAAUAAUAUAAUGAAGAUAUUAAAUCAAUAAGAGAUUCCUAAGAUUAUGAUGAGAUUACUGCUGAUCAAAAAGUUUCAAGAUACUUAACUGAAGCAUGGUUAAGUAUGGAAUAACUUAUAUAAAAUUUAACUGGUUUAUUAGCUUAUAAAUUUAAUAGAUAAGAGUGUGAAUAAUAAAUGAAAGAAAUAUUACUUGAAUGUUUCAAAUAAAAAAACAUAUGUGUACAUUAAAGAAUACUUUAUAUUUUUGGAAAAAUAGAAUAAUUAUUUUAUAAUCCAAUACAAGGAGCUAUAUAUUUUAAAAUAUGUAAAAGAUUAUCAGAUACUGAUGCACAUUAUAGUAAUAAAAUGAAAGCUUACAGAGGUUUAGGUGAAUGUCUAUUAAGAAUUUAUCCAAAAUUAAGUUAAUUAUAUUUUACAAAAUAUUUGAUGGCAGCUUGGAGACUUAAAUAAAAGAAUGAUGAAUUACUUGCAUAUGAAUUAUUGGGUAAAUAUUAUUUUUAUGUUGGAUAAAUUGAAAAGGCCAAACUCUUUCAUGAAAGAAUGAUUAAUGGAAAUUGUGAGGUAAUCUCUAUUCUUUUAUUAGGAUGAAAAUUCAAGAGUCCGUUUAUUAGCCUUGAGUAGAUUAGAAUAAGGAAGUUUAUCAAAUAAAAUAAAUAAAGAUCAUUUAAUUGUUGAUAUAGAAUAAGUAUCAUCUGAUGAUGAAUGUUAUGAAAUUGUAUUUCCUUAAAAAUCUGAUAAUAUUCAUUAGAAAUAUUAUGUUGAAAAAUACUUUUAAAAAAAAAUACCAGAUAUUAAAGUUAUUAAGGAUGAAGCUAAUUUAAAUAUUCGAUAAACAGAAAGGAGAUAUAAUUCUUAAUUACUCACAAAUGAAAAUUAUGAACCAUCUAAAUUAAUAGUAUCUAAUCCUCAUUAAAGUAUUGGGUCAAUUAAAGAUAAGGUUUUAAUGAGUCAUAUGACACCUAAUAGAAAAUUAGAAAUGUAUCAAUAUAUAGCUUUAGCCAGUGAUAAAACUGGAUUUAAUAAUUCUCCAAGAUAUGAAGGACUAUAUAAUAAAUAUGAAGGGAUUAAAUUUAAUAAAAUUAUAAACAGAACUAUUGAAUAAUUUAAUAAUAUUCAAUAAUGGAUUGUUUCAUAAGAAAAAACACCAACUUUACCAUAACCACCAAUAAGAAGAAAAGGUUACUUUUUAGUCUGA